ACGAACAAUUAUAUUUGCUGUUUGGGAAAAAAGGAACUCAAAUUGUUGUAAGAAAGCUUUCCUUCGAACAUCGCUUUACACAGAGAAUCGCGUCCCUCGCCCCUUUCUGACGCUGAUCAUUCUUGGAAAAACCCUAUCUCCUCUUCAAAGUUAGUGCUGCGAAUUCUCAAGGUUGUGCAUUUAUCCAUUUUGGAAACUUUCUCAGCAUUGCAUUUGCUUAAGCCAUUAAUUAGAGACAUCCAAUUUUGCUAAUCAUGGAUAGACGACGCAUGACUGCCACCAGGCCUUCAGCCAUGUCUUCCCCUUCUGUCACUGCCACUGCCACCACUACCAUAACCAUUGGAAGCUCUGAUCCAUCAUCCUCUUCCUCACAACAAGAACAGCAGCAACCAGAAGUCCUUUUCCUUCCAUUAAGUCGCAAGAAGAAGGUCACAUGGAAAGAGGGCACGGUAGACAAUGAGUUUAUGCAGAAGAAGAGCUCCAAGAAGUGCUGUAUCUUUCACAAAGAGAAGUCAUUUGAUGAGGAUGACAGUGAUGAAGAUGACAAUCCAGAUAACUCCGAUAAACAUGCCCACGAUCACAGUGAUGGGGGUUGUUGCUCCAAGAGUAAUGAUGAAGCUGGUCCAAGCAGUUAAGGUUCUGAUUGAUCACAGCUGUGAUAGAUAAAACUGAGAGUCAUAUUUUUUUGUAAAUGUAAAGUGUUUCUAGCAGUCAAUGAAGCAGGAGUUUUAAAGUUGAUUAGUCAAUGGAAUUGUUGGCCUGUUGCUUGGGUUGAAAGCAUAAAAUCAUGUCAUUGAAAUGGUAGCAAUGCUUUUGUUUAAUGUUAAUCAUUUUUUCUUUGAAACUUGAUUUGAUCACAGCUACCUUACUGUAGUAGAGAGGGCUUCAUGUUUGUUGAACAUAAUACACACUAAUCUUCACUGCAAGUUAUAAGCUCUUCCUUUGUUCUA